CAAUCGUGUAGAAUUUAACACACGGUGUUGUGAAAGUUUUUUGUUUUGAUUUGUAAAGCAUUAUCUGUAAAAUAAUUCAACUUUGACUUCAUUUUUUGCAUUAAAUUUUUUGUUUGUUAAUUGGUACGCACAAAUUUGUAGUGUAAUUUUGUAUCAAACAAAAUACGAGAACUAUCAUUAUUAAACGGCGUAGUAAAAAUGGCUUUUGGGCGUAGCGCCAGAAAGCGCAAAGACAAUGGUGGCUCACACUCCACUACCACAAAGGCGAGUCAGGUGAUGCCUCAUGGCGAAUACAUUGAUCGUAUACGGAAAUCACUUUACUUCGGUGAUGAUACACUCGACGAGGAAAUGGAAAUGUCCCGUCCACUCGCCGAAUAUGCUUCCGAAUUAUUUUCCGCACCUCAUAAGGGGCACUCUCUAAAACGUUUGACUAAAGUUGCUGCUGGUAGUGUACAUGCUUCUCCCUGUUCACUCAUAAUGGCUUUAAUAUAUUUGGAUCGUUUGAAUGUGGCUGAUCCUAUGUACGUACUGCGCAUAACACCACAAGAGCUUUUUAUUGUAUCAAUGAUGAUUUCGACAAAAUUCUAUGCUGGUCAUGAUGAGGAAAUCUAUUUGAGUGAUUGGGCUGAAGAUGGGCAUAUGACUGAGAAAAGACUGAAGAAAUUAGAGUUGGAAUUUUUGUGUGCUAUAGAAUGGAAUAUUUACAUAUCGAAUGAGGAGUUCUUCAAUAAAUUGAGUAGCAUUGAGAAGCAUCUCGCACGGCGUGAAGGAUUGCGGCGUGGUUGGCUGACAUACACUGAAUUAAGACAAAUGUUACCAUCGUUUACAUUGGCGAAAUUCAUACUAAAUAAUAUUGCUGUAAUGGCUAUCAGUUAUGCGGCAAGUGUUAUAACUAUAGCCGGUGCCUUCUUUGUGGCUAGCCAAAUUCCUGGAACUUCAUUAUAUCGCAAGGCUGUGUCUACAGUAGUGAGUGAUGAUAUUAUAGUACAACAGCCACCACCACCCAUUGUUGAUUAUGCUACUACACAAUUAAAUGCUCAACAACGUCAAAGGCGCACUAAUAAAACAGAAAUGACAACAACGUCAACAGAUCUACAAGCCACAGCUCUAGAUAGUGAAAACGUAUUCAAUGCUUCAUGCUCAGCUUUAAAUGUGGAAGAAGAACUUUUGAAGUUGGAGUGCCAGUAUAGGUUGGAAGCACAACGUGAGGCUGUACGUCAACGUCAACAUGAAAUUGAGAGUGCCACACGCCUGACAUUGCCCGAUGCAACGCAACACAUCGUGAGUGGAAACAAGAAAUCGAAGAAUGCUUGGUAUACGAUACAUUUUGGUAAUUGGUUCGCUUUUAAAGAAGAAUAUCCGGAGCAUAGUGUUAGUGCUUGGUUACGAUUACUAGAGGAAUUGGAUGAAAGAGACUACACGCCCGAAAAAAUAGAAAAGAAACUAUAUGAAAGUCGCUAUCCCGUUUUGAGAGACUGGAACGCCGGAAACUAUACAUCUGUAUUCUGGCAUAUUAUCAGUGGAGCCACUCAAAUAACUUACAUGCGCUUUCCAUUAGCUUGGUUUAAAUUUGCUUAGCUUAUGCAGAUAGUCCUUGCAAAUAUGGAACUAAAUAUAUUAAAGGACGCAUCAGCAAGGGUAAUAUUAUAUGUACAUAUGCUAUAUUUUUGCGUUUGUUUUAAAUGAAUUCAACUUUCUGUUAGAUAGACAAGCGAAAUUUUUAUAUAUACAAUGUAAUUGCAAUCGAUUAUUGAAUUAAUUUGAGUUCAAAUUAUCAUUUUAUUAACACUAUGCAUAUAACUACAAUAAUGCACUUAAUUUUACUUAGUUAAAAAAAAUAUACAUGAAUAUUUAUAAAGACGAUUGUUUGACAUGUUGCACAUUCAAACAUAUUGUCAUCACUAAUAAUUUUAACAAUACAUGAAAUAUUCCUUAUUUGCGCCUUUUAUUGCUAUUACCACCUAAUUAUUUUAACCAAGCAAGAAAGAGCUUAGCCUUAGACAUUGAAAGCCUAUGGAUCUAAACCGAAAUAAAAACUUAUGCAUAAAAAAUCGAAAAUGCAAAAAAAUAUAUAUAUUAAUUAGGAUUUACUAAUUGAAGUAAUUUAUACUAACUGAUUAACAACGUGUAAAGAAGUAAAAUUUCACAUUUUACUGCAUACAAGAUUGCACAAACUAUAAUACUUACAUAUAUCUCUAUAGUAUAAAAUCAUGGUUGAAGCUAAAUAAUUUUAAUAUUAUGCUGAAGUAGAGAGUGAAUUGAAUAGCAAUCAGCGAUUAUAAUGUUAUUACAAGUCAUGCAUAUAUUUUAAUAAAACAGCAGAAACACGA